AUGUCGCAAACGACGACGACGCAAACGACGACGACGCAAACGACCGCGAAGACGAAGACCAAAUCGGCCCUGUCGACGCUCGCGUUCGGCGCGUCGAGCGACGAUGCCGCGCCCAAGGAGAAAUCGUUUGGAACGUUCGAUUGCGUCCACGUCCCCGAGGACGGUUCGACGCCCGUCCCGGGACGGUUACACGUGUACGAGACCGCGCUGUCGUUCGUUCCAGUGGGCCUGGGGUUGAUCGGGAGCGCGAGCGCGGUGAAGAUGAAGCUGCGGGACGUGAGCGAGGCGGAUGCCACGGCGCGGUUGCGGUUGACGGUCACAGGAAAGCAUGAUAAAGUUCUGUCGCUGACGUUCACGAACAGCGCGCCGGCGUUCGAGUGCUUGGUGACGAGUUGGAAGCUUGAACGCGAUCUGGACGGCGGGCGCAGGGCGACGGGACCGGGCAAGCGACGAGGGGCGGCGAAGAAGGCGAAGGGUAGCGAGACAUUUGGAGAGCAGUUGGAAGAGUAUAAACAGGAGCUGAAGACGCGAGCGAAAUCGUUCAUGGAUGAGGUGCUCAAGUUGGGGGCGAAACCGCGACCGGCACCAAGGUUGCCAACGAUCGACGUCGAGGAUGAGGUCUCCAGGGCACUCUUCGUGCGCCUCAUCAAGGCGACAGAUGUCAUCGCUAUGGACUCUGGCGGGACAUCCGAUCCGUUCGCGUCGGUGCGAUAUCGUGGGCUAGAGUCCACGUCGAAGACGGAAUGGAAAACACUAAAUCCCGUGUGGGACGAGGUGUUCACGUUCAGGGUGCCUCCGAACAAAAUUACCCUGGAUGAGACGGAUGCGGUUGAACUGCACCUCUUCGAUCGCGAUGUUGCAUUGAACGAUUUCAUCGGCUACGCCAAGAUUGACAUGACCGGUACCAAGGUCUACAGCACUAAACGCACGAAGGUGACGCUCAAGCUCAAGGGAUUGCCUCUUGAUCAACGACCGGACAUGUUUGACGUCAACCACUUGAAGGAAAAGCUCAUGUUUUGGGAGGGCGAGCGUCAAAUCACGGGCGAGGUCGAGAUUGAGUACUGGCUCGGAAAUCGUCACGAUGAGGAUUACCGUGUCGCGGGCGUACCGUUGCUCCGGCACCCGGAUCCAUUGGCGUCUAAGACGUUGAACCACUUUUGCGACCCUGUAUCCGCGCUGGUUCGUGUGGAGGUGCAUCGCGGACGUAACAUAAUAAACCUCGAUGACGACGAUGGGAGCGAUCCGUACGUGCAAGUGUCCCUCAUCCAACCAGACGGCUCGGCAGAGUCGUUUCGAACUCAUUACAUCGACGACGCGACGGAUCCGGAGUGGAACUGCACGUACAACUUUAUUGCGGCGAAACCAUAUUCGACAGAAUUGGUGCUGCGCGUGUACGAUUACGACGGCGUUACGAGCUCCGACGAUCUGAUCGGUCUCGUUCGAGUGCCCAUCGCAGACCUCGAAAUGCACAAAGGCGUGAGUAAGCUCCCUAACUCGAAAUGGUAUACUCUCCUCGACGAAGAGGGCAAAGACUGCAAUAAGGAGGGAACAAAAUACGGAGACAUUGAGAUAAGGGCAUACCUCGAUGAAGAGUAUUUCGAACACCUACACGGUGGCGACACGAAGAAAGCCGUCGGCAAGCUCAGUGUCGACGUGUUGGAAGCAACGUUCAUGGAGGGCGCACCGAACACGUUCGUUAUGGUGAAGACAGGGCCCUACUGGUCUCGACUUCCCGAUAUGAACGCACAGGCGAAUCCGCAGUGGAAUACACGACUGAGAUAUCCGAUCAUGGAGCCGAGUGAGCCCGUGACCGUGGGAGUGUUCGAUACGUACUCUGGAGCACUACUAGGUAAAGUGAGAUGUGUACUGUCCGGUCUUGACGACGGUAUGCGCUAUGAGGACGAGUUUCCGUUGAAGACGCUAAAUUCAAGCGGCGUCGUCGUGACCAACGGCACACUUCGAUGCGCGUUCACGUUCAAACACAAGUCUCCGACGGCGCUCGCCGCUCGGUACAUGCAGCCGGUCCUUCCCGAAAAGUGGUUUAUACAGCCGUUGUCCGAGAGCGAGCAGAGGCGCAUGCUUCGUGGGCACUCAGCGAUAAUGACGCGCCGCUUGUACAACUCAAAUCCGUCCAUCCCCGAGUCGGUGACGAAAGCAAUGAUUGACUUUUCCAAGCAAGACGUGAGCAUCAAGUCCAUCAAGGCGUCGAUCGCUCGUAUGGAACGCGUGGUGACAAACUUAUCUUCUAUGGGCGAUGGCUUAUCUUAUCUGCUGAGCUGGGAGUCCAUACCAGUGACGGCGUUCACGCAGCUGAUCAUAGUGGUGGUGAUCCAUCAUCCGAACCUGUUUAUGCCGAUGAUUCUCCUGAGCAUCGCGUGCGCUUCGCUCGCGCGAUUUCCGUCAAGAUAUAGACGCGCGCUCGAUCGUUGCGUACCUGACGACUGGCUCUCCGUCGGCUUGGCGUUUCCGCCCGACUCAGAGGAGGAGAAGGAAAAGAAGAAACAGGCGGAGGCAGAGGCGAAGAGAAAACUUGAGGAAGCAAAAAGAAUCGCUGCGGAGGAGAAGAAGCGCCUCGCUGCGGAGAAGAAAGCGGCCGCUAAAGAAGCAAAGGCAGAAGCCGCGACCGAGGCCGCCGCGAACAAGAAAGCGGAGAUUUUCACGUUUGAAAGUCUCAAUCCGCUCGCGUCGCUGCAAAAGCAAAUGGAAGAGAUUACGGCUAUGAUCACGGACGCUCAGAUAGUUCUCGAUCAAGCCGCGGGGAUCCUCGAACGUGUCGCUGGGAUAUUGGAUUGGGAAGAACCGCGCGUCACGGCGCUCGUGGUCGUCACUCUCAUCGGUCUCGCCGUUGUCUUCAUCUUCAUCGAAGCCGUCGCGCGGUUUGUGACCAGGAUCAUCUUGGGCGUCAUCAUGAAGACUUUCUUCGCCAUCGUCUCCCCCAAGACGAUCAAGUGGGGUUUGACAUUCGCCACGCUCUUCGCCCUGCGUCACCCGGCGAUCCUUCCCGACGCCGCGACGGCGGCGAUCGAGGAAGAGAAGGCUCUUCGCCGCGCCGCCGCCGAAGCCGCCGCCGAGCGCGCACCCGUCGGAUCCUCCAAAGCCGCCACCCCCCCCGACGCGGUCGACGUCAAGUCCUCCGCGCUCGAUCCCAGGCCCAUCGCUCCCGUGAACGUCUUCUACAGGAUUCCCACCCAGGCGACGCGCAUUUUGUAA